AUGCCCAAAAAAAGCAAAAGCAGGGUAGUAAGUCAAGGUAUGAGUAUAGGACGUCUUCAGGGCGAGAAAAAUCUGUUGAUAUGCUACAACUGCAAAAAGUCAGGGCAUCAUUGGAAGAAUUGUAGGGAUCCCCCUACGAGUGCAGUACCUCAUAUUACUUCUGCAGUUCCCGUCUGCUAUCACUGCAACGAGACGGGACACAAGAAGCCUGAAUGCCCGAAGUUCAAGACUGGUAAAGGAGACGGGGAUACAAAUCCUGUAAUUGCAUCGUCCUCUAAGGGAACCACUAUGGUGACACGAGGUCAUGCUCACCAGAUGAUUGUGGAGGAGCCGGUGAUUACAACGACAGUGGCAUGCACUUAUUUGCUAGAUUCCGAGCCCGAUGUUGUUAUGUUUGAUAGCGGUGCUACCCAUUCUUUUAUAUCUCACACGUUUAUUAAUCGUUUGGGGCGUAGUAUCGGAAAAUUGGCUCACCCAAUGGUUGUCGAUGUUGCCGACAACCGCACUAUUUAUGUCACCGAUGUUUAUCGGGGUUACACUCUCGAGUUUUCUGGAGUUGAAUUCCCCAUUGAUCUUAUCCCUAUUGCGAUGCGAGAUCUCUGCGUUAUCGUAGGCAUGGAUUGGCUUGAUGCGUUUGAUGUGGAAAUCCACUGUCGUAAGAAGCAAGUUCGUGUUCGAAACCCUAGAGCUGGAGAACUUAUUAUUCAGGGGGACAUUCCCCGCCUGGCUAUGGCUUCUUGCUCUUCUGCUAUCGCACUAGACAACGUUCCUAUCAUUUCCGACUUCAACGAUGUCUUUUUGGAGGAACUCCCUGGCUUUCCACCUAUUCGGAAAGUGGAGUUUCGCAUUGAUUUGGUGCCAGGUGCGACUCUGGUGGCGAAAUCUCCUUACCGCUUGGCACCACCUGAAAUGAAAGAGCUCCAAGAUCAACUUCAAGAACUAACUAAUGUGGUAGCUGAUGGUCUACGUCGUAAACAAUCUGUCGAACCGAUUCAAGCUAAGUGUCUCCGGAUCACGAUGGUGCCGUCUUUGUUAGAUGUAAUCUGGGAUGCCCAAAAGACGACAAUACUGGAGGAAAACAUCAGGCGUGAGAAGAUUGGGAAAGAGUUGCCUAAGAUGGAAUGA